CCAAGCUCAAUAUGAGAGUACUGCGUGGAAACUCGGGAUAAAGGAAGCCGCUUAAAUCGGGAAAAUAACCACACAGGAAGCAAGAAGACACCAAGUAAACAAGGUAAAGCGUAUUUUUUUGAAAAUUCAUGCGAGUAUUUAUCUUCUCGAAUCUAUUACUUGAAUUCUUAGGCAAAUCCUUUAACACUGACAGCCAUUUUGAGAGUUACGCAACCGCACGUACUCUCAUAUUGACUCGCGCUGCCUGAGCUCCUCUUCCUCCGAAACGUUUUUCUCGGGCGGGGGACUCCGCAUAUGAAAGGGGUGGAGAUGCUCGUCGGAAAUUUUGAAUUCAAUUCCGGGGGUUUGGGUGGGGGGGGGAGUAGUGAAAAAAGAGCGUCUAGAAGAUUUUAGAUUUCCAGAGGCUGGCAUCUCUGUACUCAACAGUUACAUUUUAAUACUAAAGUAGCCUGCGUUGUUAACGUCGAAAGGCGAGGGAAGCGAGAGGGAAAAAGUGCAAAGGUAAACGUGCCUCCCGAGGUUCGCUCUGCUUCAAAAUAGUGUGGACAGUUUAAAUCUUAACUUAUAAACUUCUUAAAACGCGGCGACUUUAAAAUCAUUUUUUCCGAACCGAUCGAUCUUUUUUUUUUCCUUAUGGUGCUAACAGUUUGGUGAUUUUGUAAAGAUGAAAAACAGGGUAACCAUUAGAGACUCUAUCCCUGCCAAAUCCCUGCCCCUUGUGGCGUGGGCCUGCAAACACUCAGCAACUUUGCGCCGUCGGAGUAUGCUCAAUAGUCGAUGGCGGAAAAAUUUUCCAUCAGGUGGGGUAGGGUCUUGGGAAACAACGAAAUCGCAGUUAAUGAACCUUCAGACUGUUUUGAAAUGUUUUGAAACCUCGCAAAGAUAAAUGUUACAUUUCGAGUACAAUAUCAUUCCAAAAUCACGUUUUAAAAUUGGACUCUGAAGUUCGGGUUCGUCAUCAUGUUGCAUAGGGAAGCUACCUAUCAGGGUAGGCUGGGGCUAGGCUGGCGCUUUUCUUUACAUGGAAUUCUCUCUUAUAACUUCCGGUGUUUUUUUUCCAGGAAGAUGUUAGAAAGUGGGGGCCUUCCCGACGCUUACAAUUUUACGUUGUGACGCUAUAGUUGGUAUUCUUUUAAAUUGAAAGUGAUACUCUCAGAAUAUAAAUGUGCAAAGUUUUCAUUCAGCGGAAACGGAACCUUCAAACGUAGGAGUGAAGUCCGUGAGGUUUUGAAGUUGACAUAAAUUUCAUUCAUCAAACGUCUUCCUGCUUUGUCGACUUCCCGCUUCUGCACGAUCAAGCUUUAUUUCUCGUCCGACAAGAUAACGAUUACUUUAAGGUGAGUCUUAAAUCUUGAUUUCCAUCAUAUUAUAAAACUGAGCUAAUAAACAUGAGCAAGUCUUUUGUUUUUCCUUUAUAUUCCAUGGUCGUUUUAAGCUUAUAAGAUACAGAUAAUCUUCGAUUCACUUGGUUAUAAAGAAAUCAUGCAAGAAUUCUCUACUUCGGGGAAUUAAGUUAGGUCAUUUUCUUGUUUUUCAGUUUUCUGUUGUGGACUACCUGAAAGUCGAAAAUGAAGAGAGAAUUAACUGAAACCGUAGUCGUUUAAACAUUGUUAGUUUACAUGCUUUUCAGAGGCAUAUAGUUGACUCUCAGAAGUUCAGGAUGUAUUUUGCAUGUGGCUAAAAUGGUAGAUCUUUAUUUAUGACACUUAAUUAAGCCAGCUGGAAAAUACUUGAUUAAUAGGAUAUAAUUUUUAAUAUUUUAAAAGUGAUCCCCUGCAACAUAAUUUUUACAAAGGUCUAUUGACAUUACCAAAUCUCUAUCCUUGUAUUAAACUCAGGAUAUGAUCACACCAUAGAUGAAUAUCUUUUAGCACUAAAAUCAUACUGGAUAGGUGGAGCUUCUGCUCACACACAAGAACAGUGAUUUCAGCACAAUUUCUGUGGUAAAGUGACGCUAGCCACGGUGAUCUUCACAUAUUGGAUACGAGUUCUGUACUGUACUUUCGUGAAAUGUCAGACCUUUCAACUCUCACAGUUUGACUGUGAGACUCCCGGUUUGGGCAGUCAACUCACGGUCUCAGGAUUUAGCCUCCAAAUCUCACAGUGAAUCAGAAACUCUGUCAAUUCAAUUAUGGUAGGAACUGCGUAAAUGAUAUCAAAAAAACCGUCUCCAUAUUAGACAUAUUUGUGUUAGUCUAAUUUUGGAGGGAAACCUGAGUCCAAUUCCAACCUCAUUCUGGUAAAACAUAUAUAUAUAGGUUGAAUAAGGUUGGUGAGAAAGCCCUUAUACAUGUAGCAUACUCACUUCUACUCGCAGUCCUAUUCGACCUUGAUAGUAAAACAGAAUCUUCUCAUCACUGCGAAAAGAGCAACAAGACAGUACAACAAAGACCCCUAAUAGGGUAAAAAAUGACAACGAAAAAAUAAUCUGCCUUUUUGGUUUUAUUUGGCACCAACACCAGACUGUCGUGGAAGUGAAUAAGAAGGAGUGAAGACUGAGAACCCAUUAAGAUGAAAGUAAAUAUUUGGGAGCAAGGACUAGGAUUUAGUGCACCAAACCCUCUUUGCCACAAGGUUCAUUGUGUGUGUGAACAACUUGCUCCAGGCCUGGGCGGUUGCUGUUCAUACUAUACUGAUGUCUCUUUGUGGCGGCACGAAUAGCUAUCCAGUAUGAUGUGAAUAUCGAUUCAGCACAGGGAACCUGAAUGCUGUAUUAGCCAAAAUAAUCAGUUGUUUAAUUUACCUCAGUCCUGAGUCUUUAUGAGUCGUUUUGGAAGUGAUUUGAGUCUGAUCAGAGGUGGUUUAACAUUGCUGGUCUCAAAUUCUGUCUGGUGUGGCAUAAUUAAAAACUUCUGCGAAAUCAACACUGAAGAAAAACAAUCAAGGUGACAAAGCAAUCAGCUAGUGUUCCAAUGUAUUAUUUGUGAUGAAAUCUGAGCUCAGGAGAUGUGUACAAACAGUCAACUAUAUAUUUGUAAACAUGACUGCACUGUUUUGAUUUGUACACUUCAUUAUGAUCAUAACUCAAGUAAUCUUAUAAAUAAAAUAAUUGGACAGUCCUUGAAGUUUGAGCAAAUUUUAAGACAGAGAGAAAAUAUCAGUUUAUCCUAUUGUUACUGUUGUUUUUGCUGUUGUUUAUAUCCUUAGAUGUAUGUAUAUGGUUGCUCAGAAACACUGACCAGCCUCAUAGUGAUACAGUGUGGGUAAAAUGCAUGAGAUUUUUGCGUCUGUAUCACCCUAGUUUCCAAUGGCUUCCAAACAUUGAAGAAGAUAUUGCGACAACUUCCAAGCUCUUUGAAAGUUCCCGGAGGACUUUUCAGGCUCAGAUAUGCCCCUCUCCUUUGAUAGAUACAGUCGUGUACUGGUGAAUUAUUUCUGUUAUUAUACAUUGUACUGUCUGUCUUCUCAUUAGCUGUAAAGAGCCUACAGCUAACUUUAGAAAUCAGUUCAACCUACAGAUUAGUUAUCUGCUAGCAGAUUGUAGCGAUUACAUCAUUGAUACGCAUGACUUAAUAAUUGACUACCAAUGUAACAUGACCAUUUAAGAAUGAGAUUACAGUGAAUUACAUCUGAGAGUGAACACAUGUAUUGUCUUCCUUCGUCUUACCCAAUCAUUACAUUGGUGACGAGACAUUUCCAACCAUCACAGCAGCCCCAGUCCUUAUUCCGUACCAUCCAGAAUGCCCAAUCCUCAUUAUCUGUGACGGAAGCCCAGAGGGAUUAGGAGGAGGACUGUUUCAGAAGAACGGAAAAGGAUUUCAACCAGUACACUAAGUGAGCCGGACCUUAAUUGACACAGAGAAGAGAUACUCUCAAAUUGAGAGAGAAGCACUGGCAGCAGAAUUCACAACAACAAGGCUCCAGAUGUACCUGCCUAGCACACCAAAACUCCAGUUAGCAACAGACCACAAGCCACUGCUUCCACUAUUCAACAACCCAACAGCUAAACUGCCACCACACAUUGAAAGACUUGCCCUGAAAAUGCAGAACCUCAACUUCGAGGUGAUUCAUAUCCAUUGUAAAACCAACAUAACUGACUUGUUGUCCAGACAUCCACUGCCAGAAACAGGGACCGACCACCUCGAGAAAUAUGUCAUGGCCACUGUCCAAUCAGAGCACGCUGUAGUCCUAGACAAAAUCAAAGAAGAAACCGCAAAAGGCAGAGAGCUUACAAUUAAGUUUGCUGAAGGCAUGCAAACAGAUAAAUGGAUCAAGACUGACCAAAACCUCAAGCCAUACUUCGACCUGAGAGCAGAGCUAUACAUGGCAGACGGACUGAUCCUAAGAAUUGACAGAAUCAUUCCCUCUGAAUCACUGAGAGACAAGAUUAUCCAGAUAGCCCACAGGCACGGACACCUGGGUAUCAGCAAGACCAAAGAAAUGCUACACCGAAAGUAUUGGUUCCCUGCCAUGAACUAUCGCAUUGACACCGUUGUGAGCACUUGCUUUGACUGCCAGAUAGCGACAAACACAUAGCAUACAGAACCAGCCAAAAUGACCAAUUUGCCAGAGAUACCUUGGUAAACCAUUGAAAUCUAUUUCUGUGGACCAUUCCCAAGCAAAGAGUAUGCACUGGUCAUAACCGACCAAUACUCAAGAUACCCAGAGGUCGAGUUUGUCUUCUCAACAGCCAUCAAGCCAGUGUGACAGAAGAUGAAAAAAUCUUCGUCUCUCAGGGAGUUUAAGACCAUCCAAUCAGACAAUGGACCACCGUUUAACUCUGAAGACGUCAAAGAGUUUGCAGUGGAAAUGGGGUUCACACACAAAAAAGUCACACCACGACAUCCCAAAGCCCAGGGACAAGUGCAAGGCUUCAACAAGCUCAUGAAUAAGACAGCCGCUAUAGCCCGGACAGAAGGUGUUGAUCUUCAGGCAGCAAACUAUGACAUGCUUCAACCAUACAGGGAGACGCCACACCCAGCAACAGGGACUGCGCCAUACAAAUAACUCAUGAACAGAGAAAUCCGUACAUGACUUGACCACUACCCAACAGAAGAGAUCUAACUGGGAUGAAGAAAUCAGGAAACGAGACAGCAAAUACAAAGAGAACGUAAAAUCUUACCGUGACCGAAGACACAGAGCCAAAGAGCACAAGUUCAACGUCAGAGAGGCGGUUCUUUUGAAAUGCGACAAGAAACACAAAGGAGACACCCCAUUUGAACCGUACAUCUACAUGGCCACAAAGGUAAUUGGCUCCACGAUCCAUGCCUAGAGAGUCAAUGAUGGGAAAACAGUAUGCCAAGAUGCAUCCAAAUUCAAGCCACUCAGAACAACCUACAUCCCAGCAAGAGAGAAACAAAGGAAAACACCUACUGCAAGACCAGUAGUACCACCAGCAGCUAAAUGCCAAGCAGCACCAGCCACCGCCCAGGAAAACAACACCAGCAGCAGUACCAACAGUUACCCAAGGCAUUGUUACCCAACAAGUGCCAAUUGAGACAACGCUUACCAAUCAAACCCUACCACUGCCACUGUGCAGAUCACAACCACCGAGCAAAUCCACAUUUGAUGGUCGUCUGAAGGACUACACCAAAUAAACGUUGAAUGGACUUUGAACAUUGAUCAGAUGCUAUCAACAAUGAUUAUGAACACUGAACACUUGUUUCGUUACUGACAUUGACUGUGAUUGUUAUUUGAUUAAUAUGAUCUUACAGUACCAACAUUGAAUAUGUAUUACUGAUCAGGCCCAUGUUAAGUAUAACCGAGAAUUAGUUUAGACCCCAUUGAUUUUGAGGAACUGAUCUGAAGAAGGAGGAGUGUAGUGAUUACAUCAUUGAUACACGUGACUUAAUAAUUGACUACCAAUGUAAUAACAUGACCAUCUAAGAAUGAGAUUACAGUGAAUUACAUCUGAGAGUGAACACGUGUAUUGUGUUUCUUCGUCUAACCUGCUCCUUACUAAGAUAACUGACUGAUCUGUACUAAGAUUACAAGCUUAAUGCAUGAUUUCUAGUAACAAUGUUAUAUCAAUUCAGGUUCCUCGCAAUGAUGUGUUUGUCAUUUUUUUUUUACAUUGUAUUAAAAAAACAAUUAUUAGAUUCGUUUUUUGUGAUAUCUUAAGUAAUCAAGUGUUAUCAUGCCAGCCUCAGCCUUUAGCUUGGCUAGUGAUAAUACUCACCUGUACCUUGAUUAUUCCGGAUACCGCACGCAAAGAAAGUCGUGUCUGAUAUCCCAGGGCUAGUGGAUUUUGCUGUUGGGCUAGUGAUUUUUGUUAUAACUUGCCCGAUGGGCAAGUGAUGUUUUUUGGGGAAAUUUAAAGUACAGAAGGAUUGUAAUCAAUCCUGCAAAUCAAAAAGAGUUUUGGGGCUAGUACAUGCUAGCUACAGCUUGCCCUAAAGGCAGGCUGUAAAACUCUUUGCACCCUUGGAUAUAACAAAAACUUCAUCCAAUAUUGUUUAUAAUCAUAGCUGUAACAAAAUUCUCAAAUCUGAUUGGCUAUCAACUGCCCUGAUUUCAGCCUUAGUAGGACAAUUUAAUAGGGCAGUAGGUGCCAUCACGUUUGCGCUUGAACGGAUUUUAAUCACUGCUAGCAAAAAAAAUUGGAAUUUCUUCUGUGUUGAUUUUUAAAAAGAGCCUUGUAUAUCACAAAUUUUGUUAAAGUUCUGAUUAAUUGGUGACAGAAGUUUGUGUCGUCCAAUUCGGUCUUUAAUCAUAACUAUAACAAAAUUCUCAAAUCUGAUUGGUUCUCAACUGCCCUGAUUUCAGCCUUAAUAGGACAGUUUAAUAGGACGGUACGCAUCAUGCCUAAGUAAUUGGACAGUACACGCCAUCACGCGCGUGCUUAAAGGGCUUUUUUUUUUCAUUGCUAGCAAAAAAUUCUUGGAAUUUCUUGUGUUUUGAUUUAAAAAGAGCCCUAUAUAUCACAAAUUUUUUUUAAAGUUAUGAUUAAUUGGUAACAGAACUUCGUGUCGUCCAAUUCUGUCUGUAAUCAUACUCGUGAUUAAACAAAUCAGACUCCCGCUACGCGGUCGUCCGAUUUUGUUAAUCACUCGUAUGAUUACAGACCGAAUUGGACUCCACUCAGUCCUGUUACCAUUAUUUAUUUGCUGUUUAUAAUAUACUGACAGCUUGUUUUCUGUUUAUAGUUGGAUGUAUUGAACAUGGCAUACAUGGAACUACAAAUAAGAAAGCUCCCUUAUGGCAUUCUCAAGAAAUUAGCAGAUCAGCUUGACAUGGAGUCGGAUGGUCCUCGUGACUGGAGGGCCCUCAUCAGUGUGAUGCCAAGUACUAUGUAUUCAAGAGAACAGGUACAUAGUAUAGUUUAACAAGAGAGCUCUUACAAUCGGCAUUUAGUCUCGCUUGCUUGGAGACUAGGAAAGAAAUGAGCAGGUGAUUAAUUCUACACAAAACAGGAUUUUCUCGUGAAAGGGUUUUUCACUUUCUACUGUAAUUUGUCAGUGGUACUUUUUAUAUCAUAUUCAACAAUUUGUUUCUGAAUUGAUUAAGUACAUGUGUUAGCAACAAUCGGAAACGCAUCUGCAGUCGCAGGCUAUACGCCUGCAUAAUUACACAAAAAUUCAAGGGCCUUGAUUCGAGAGAAAUUACAUCAUUGCCAGAGAUAAAAAACGUGAUGAGAACUGAGUGAUAAUGCAUCAUUUCAAACAUAGCCAAAAGACUCAUUUGCAUACAAUUAUGAAAGUUUACAACACUCACGAUUGAAGUUUUGCUAAUUCUUCUUUUUUUUUCGACCACUGAAGUGUUCACUUGUUCCAAAGUAAUCAGUGCUUUCAAGCGAUACAAUUCGUGGACUUACCUGUUCCGGAAAAGCUUUAAAUUUAAUCUUUCCCAAGCUUUCUGUGCAAAACAUGCAUGGCUUUGGUCAUGCAAUGAUUCUUAUUCCUAGUUUCCACAGUCGCCGCUAGGAAUUAACGCCUGGGACCACAACCGCCUUUUUGUGUACUAAAUACACUUGCUUAUGCAAGCGAGACUAAUAAUAUUUAUAUUGCGUAGACUUGAUUUUCAGGUGUUGUGAAUGGACACCUUCUGUUGGUGGACUUGUAAAUGGUCACCAAGCUGCAGUCCCAGCAAUUUUUCACCUACUUUUUUAAUGUCUUAUAAGCUGUCAUGGACAUCCUCAGAAGCUGAAAUAAACUACCUUAAGCAGACCAUCUCGAGUAGCAUUUGCUAUAAAAUGUCCAAAUUCUAUUCUACUUAAUGGUGAAAUUUGGAAUUUAAUUGAAACAAGAAAUUAUUUCCAUUUUUCUUGAUUUUCAAAAAUAAUGCCACUUUUUAAAUUUUACAUCUGUCAUUGCAGUGUGAUGGUUAUGAAAGUUUACAGCGAUAAAACGUGUCUGUUACAAUUUAUACGUUACAUUGCGUUGGAAUACAAAACGCUACAUAAAUAUUUAAGUUAUCAGAAAAAUUGUAACAGGCACGUUUUACUGCUGUAUUUAAACUUUCAUAACCGUCACACUGACAAUGAUGGAUGUACCGUGGAAACAUGUUUGUUAAAAUUUAAAAAGUCGCAUUGUUUUUGAAAAUUUCUACAUUUUUGCAGCUGUCUUGACCAUUUGCUUGAUUUGCUUUAUUUAGCUUAUCGCAUUUUAUAACUAAUGUUGACCUGAAACCUUUGAAACUAUGCUUAGUUUAGUGGCCUCUGUCCCCUGCAUUAAAAAUACAAAAAAAUAUGCGAGAAAGUUGAAGUUUGAGAAUUUAUUCACUGAUCAUGAGGCUUGUGUUUACUUAUAUAGUAAAGAUUUCACUGAAUAAACUUAAGUGUAACCCUUUAUUUCAAAAACAUCUUGCUCCUAAGUUAAUGUAUUUACAGUGUGACUACUGAAACCAGGGGGCACUUGGAAGAAGAUUAUCCAAUCACAACGUUUUUUGAAAACAAAAGAUUUUCAAGUGUUUAUUGGAAAUGGACAAAUAAAAUUCAAGGUUCAACUAGGCAACUGUUAAAAACUUUAAAACCAUUUGAACUUACUUGAUCUCUCAUGAAACAACCCUAAAAUUAUGAAUGUUGUUGGUCUGUUUGCAAAGAACUUGAGAAUCUUUUGUUUUUAAAAACAUUUUGAUUGGAUAAUCUUCUGCCUAGUGCUCGAGUUUGAGUAGUCUCACUGUAAGUAACACAGAAAUGUAAAGAAAAAUAAACAUUUAAAAUUAUUUAUAUUAACCUUUAAUAUUUGCUUCUAUUCUUACCGUUUAGGUUUCAUCGUUUGAAAAUCAAAGAGCAAGAAUGGUAGGCAGUCCUUCCAUGGCUUUGUUAACAGACUUGGGCCAAAGGUGCAAGACUGUCAAACAGUUGGUUGUCUGGCUAAAAAAAAUUGGCCAUGAUACAGCACUAGACAUCUUGGAAUAUCAUGGUAAUGGAAAUCUACUUGUAUAAUCAUUAUCAGUAAUAAAUAAGGUGGAAUAUUUUUUGUGUAUGUCUUACAUCCAUCCAGUACAAGUGAUUAUUUGUGUAAAUUUCAUUAUUCAUUUCAGGAAAAUUUGCUUUAAGGUUUGCAAAGUUAUCUCGUUUAGCCCUUUUAUCUAUCGUAAUUUAAUUUUUCUCUCUAACGUGUUCAAGGUCACCCAAAUUUGUAAGUGUCUGCCUUGUUGUUUUCCUUUCCUGUGUUAUUUUAUCGUGGUCCAUUGCUUUUAUUAAUUUUGUAUUCCUUAGCAACUUUAAUUUUGUUUUAUUUCAGCAAAGUACGUUGCAAUUGUAGUUGAUGUACAUGUACAUGUUAUAAAGGGCAUAUUAAUGAGACUAUACAUGUACUUCCAUAGUUUUUUUCUAGAGGGUAAUUCUGAGAGUAUUAAGAUUACACUGUUCACAUUCAGUACCUUGUUGUUUAUCUAUAAUGCGUGACAAAUGCCUGUGUCGAUCUUUGGACAAUUUACAGAGGAGGUGCAAAUCACCGAGCAACCCCAGUCACAGCCAGUCCGUGUUGGUUCAACUGUGACCUUGAGAUGCAAGGCCACAGGCUACCCAGCUCCACAAUAUCAGUGGGUGAAGGAUGGAACAGAGCUUCCUGAUGGGAUUGAUGAAGAACUUACCUUUGAUCCGGUUACUUUGCAAGACAGUGGCAAAUAUGUGUGCAUUGUGUCCAACAGAAUGAAUGCAGAAAAAACCAACAAAGUGGAGUUACAAGUUUUGCCAUCACCAGGUUCGUUAAUAGAAGUUUUGCAGGUCACCCUACAAUAUCAAUGCCCAUGUUAUCUAAAUUGCAUAUAUCCCCUCUUUCACGACAUAUUGUUAGGCCAAGUUUCUAGAGGGGUCGGUUACAGUAACUCUAAACCCGGGUUUAAUUUAACUGCAAAUUGCCAUGAUCAAAUACACCUGGGCUGGAUUUGCACUAAUUGUUGGUUGAACAAAUCGACACAGACUGAUGUUCAUGGGUUGGGGAAAGCAAUAAAUCUUUGUCAAUCCCUUUAGUUGCUUCUGUGAUUUUACAAUAUUAUAUUUUUUUAAAUCCCCACUCCACUCCUUCAAAUUGUAAACAAUGCUGUGAAUGUUUCCCUUCCCGAGGGUCAGAGCAUCCAAUUUAUUCCCUUGUAUUAACCGAGUAAGAUAUUCCCCUGGUUGGUCCAGGAUCGUAUCCUGGGGCAAGCUGAUCACGUGUGCAUAAAUAAGGUUAAGACAUACUUUUAAAAUUAUUUUGAUUUAGCUAAAUUUUACGUGUAACCCCAAAAAUGUCGUCGUUUACUUUUAUCCUUGGUUUAAAUUUUAUCUUCAUUUGUUUUUGGGUAUGGUAAUGUAGGAUAAUGAGUUUUAAACAAAGGAAAAUAAAAUUUAAACCAAGGAUAACAUUAAACCACAACAUGUAUUUGGAGAUCUUGAUGCUUUGAGAUGAAAUCAAUGCCUAAAAGCUGCAUACUCCAAAGAUCUAAAUAUCCAUCUAAAUUAUAAAUAAGUAUUUUAAGAAGAAGGAUUCCUCUUAAGCUUUAUGAUCUAUAGCUCCUUUCAUGGGCCAAUCAUUUACCAGGGAACAAAAAAUUUAAUUAAUUAUUGAUAGUCAAAUUUAUGUUCAUUUAAUGUAUGUUUUUGCCUUUUUUAGUGCCAAAUGGUGAUUCCCCUCAAGUAAAACCUCCAUAUGGUAUGUGACGACAUAAAAAAUUUAAGCAGUAGGAGUCUUUAUUGAUACAAUCAAGUUAAUAUAAAACUAUAAUCAAGUGGAGUAUUAGAUUAAAAAUAAUUAGUUGUAAAUUCCCUUGCCAAAUGUUUAAGAGCAUUGGUAGAACAGUAACAACAACAACAAUAACAAAUUUUAUUGUACCCAAAAACAAGAUAUUAAAGAUAAUUUACAAGUUGUGAUAUCAGUUAAUCAAAUAAAAGAAGAGUGAAUUCCUGAAAUGACAAAUAAGUUAAAAAUUCCAGGAACCAGUUUCAGUAAGGUAAGUAAAAAAAUAUUCACAGAUGGAAACUGUUUGAGUAUCAUAAUGCAACAUCAACAUGAUGAAGGCAUUGAAAGUCACAAACUCUGAAUUUUAUUCUUGAUUAUAGUCAAUUAAACCAGGUCAUCUUUGCUUAUUAGUUUUGAUCCCCAGUGCUUAUGAACUAUUUGUUUGUUGAUGAGAGGAUGAGAAUCUGGGGCCAUUUGUGUGAAACUGUUGUAAUGUAACAGCUAAAUGGCCGCAUCAGCUGUUGGGCCAGUCAUUAAGAUUUUUAUACUCCUACAUGAAAAAUUACUGCAAUUUGAUUGGCGUAGAGCAGUGGUAUUUCAGCUUAAUUUGAAAUACCGUAUUUAUUCGAAUAAGCGCCCAACCUUGAAUUAGCGCCCACCUCGAAUAAGCGCCCAUCCUAAAGGCAGAAAAAGUUAAUAAGCGCCCAGUGAAAAAUCCCUCCCACACAAACCCAAUAAAAGAUAAUAAGAGACCCCCCGAAGACGGAGUUUUCUUCAAGUAUUUUACUAGAACCUUGUUUUGUUAGUAUACCAUUUAUUGUUUUGUUGCAAAAUAAACAUACUUCACUUGCUGAGAAUGGUGAAAAUUUAGCAUGCCCACUAUCAAGGUCCAAAAAUUUAAUAAGCGCCCAGGGCGGUUAAUCGAAUAAAUACGGUACCUACAUGUGAAAAUUACAAACCUUUUGCAAGUAGUAGUAUAAACAAAUAAUAGCAUGAUUUGUACGUGAUAUUUGGCAUAAAUACCACUUGUGAUAUUUCAAAAUUGUCUCAAAUUUCACUCACCUAAUGGCUCGUGAAAUUACGUAUAACAAUUUCGAAAUAUCACUUGUGGUAUUUAUGCCAAAUAUCACUACAAAUCAUGCUAUUACCUAUACAAAUAGAGCAUCCAGCACCUGAAGAUCAUUAGGGCCUAAUGCAUUGAAUGAGAGCUAGAAUUACAAUAGCUGUUAAAAAAUUAUGCUUUUCAGGGUGUAAAGAAAAUCAUUUUUACAGCUUGCACGUACCCCAGACGACAUUUCAACUAGCCCCAAAAACGUUUUGAUGAGCAGAAUUGAUUUCAAACAAUUCACUUGCCCGAUAGCAAAAUCCAUUAGCCCCGGGCUAUCGGACACUACUUUCUUUGCACGCUGCUUUUGAUUCUGAUCUUUAUAUACAUAUUGUUUUUUUGUUGCCAUUCCUUCAUCAGCGAAAAAUCCACCUGUUAUCAUACGUCAUCCUCAAUCCUACAUUGUUCCUGAUGGAUACCCCUCACUAAGCCUCAGAGUUGAAGUCCUGGAGCAACCUGUGACAUAUCAGUGGUAUAAAGAUGGAUUUGUGCUUGUACAGCAGACCAGGGCAGAGUUAAAUUUCCAACCAUUUCAUUACAGAGAUGAAGGCAAUUAUUGUUGCCGAGUUGAAAACAGCGCUGGUGAUGCACUCAGUAAUGUUGCCACAUUGCAAGGAGCUCGUGGUAGGUCUCAGGAUAUUGAAAGUUAUUUGGGAAUUGAUCUUUGCGCAACUUUAAACCACUGGGUAAUUUCCGUUUGAACAAAAAUUCUGAAAACAAUGUCUUGAAUGGUUUACAAAUUAAUUUUGUUAGGAAAGUUCUCUAAAUUCUCUGAAAACUUAAAGCUAUGUUUUCUUAGCAAAUAAUUUAUAAACGAAAACAAUGCAGAAAUUCCACAUGAAAUAAAGUGAAACAAAUUCCUGUGAAUAUUUUUAAUUCAGUGCUUUGAACAGGCAUGUUGAAAUACCAAGCCAUAUUUUACUAAUUGUGUAUGUUGUUACUCUGUCAUAGUGACCACUUCUCAUAAGCGACCACCACUUUGUAAAUAACCAUUUUGUUUCUCACUCAAAUACCUUUUUAUACGCUGUAAUCUCUCUCGUAUAGGCAGCAACUUCUCAGAUUUCUUAAAUGUCCUUGACCUCUUUUAAGGCCAGAAAUAUGCAUCAUUUUGUUUUUGGUUUCUGGUUAGCGACCACUGGGCAUGAUCACGUAUGACUGUAAGAAAAUUUGUCGAAUGUCACAAAUGUUCGGUUUUUAGUAGCGCUGACCCAGAGUGCUAACAAAUACAUUGUAAUAACAGUGUACUUCCAAGAAAAAAGAGAAGUUCACUGACUAUCACGGUUGCAAAGAGUUGUCCUUUGCAGUCAUGUAAGUGUCUGAUAUUAAUUUUGUUGACUUGAGGCUCAAAAUACAAAUUAAAGUAAUCGAACAUUCAAGACUUCGUGUAUAAGCUUUUGAAUGAGAUUAAUUGAUAGUGAAUUGUUAAUUACAUAUAUGCACCUCAUGUUUCACAUUUAUCCUAGGUUUUGUUCGGUUAAAACUAAAUUUAGGUGAUUUAUCAUUAACAAGUGACAAAUUUCUAACUGUAUUAAUAUUCAACUUAUUGUAAUUGCUGGUAAAAAGAGCAAAUUAGUUUCAGGCAGCCAAAACGUUGCCUAUUAGCCUAAUUUUAGCUUAUAAGGUGUUAUCUUUAUUACUCAUGCGCAACUAAGUGCAUGAGGUAUAAAAUGUCCUCCGUUUCUUUUUUUGUUUUUGGUGUCACAUUGAUGCAUGUAGAUUUAUGCUUGCAUACAUUUACACACAUGACUGUGAAUAGACGUUUGUGGUUAGUUGCUGGUGUUUAGCUCCCUCUUGCACCCUUACUUUGCCAUAUAAUCCUGUCCUCAAAAUAGUUUGGUGAUGAUGUUUCAAGACUUUGUCAGGUAAGUCUCCCUUUUCUGUCUGUCCACUGAAACAUCGUCUGCAGUCAGGAUCAUCUCAUAGUGAAGGUUGCCUUUUGCCUAAUUCCUCAUGGUUAUCGCCAAUGUAAUGUAACCAAGGUUCAUACAGAGUCUUGAAUCCUUGAAAAGGUCUUGAAAUUUGCCCAGAAAUUUUCCAGACCUGGAAAAAGUCUGGAAAAUGGAGACAGCCUGGAAAAAUCAUAAAAAGUGUUGAGUUUUAAUUUUUUUUCAAAGCUACAAUAAAUGUUUAUAAGUGAUUUUUUUUUCAUUUUGGUCAAAUCUUAUUCAAUCUCACCCUGUACGUUUGCAGCACAUCAUAGAAAAAGUUUUGGUCCUGCUUUUUAUAAGGUCUCUAUUGACCUAUCUAUCUAUCUCUUUUGGAAAAAAGUCUGGAAAAAGUCUUGAAUUUUGGAUCCAAAAAUCUGUACGAACCCUUUGUAACCUUGAAGUGGAGUGAUUGUUAAUGUAGCUAACUUGGAGCAUGGGAAUUUAAGACCCCAGAUCACAGUGGAGUGUAGAAUUGUUGGUUCUUGUGGAGGGUGAUCAACUGGAAACCCCAGAGAAAACCUCUCCAAAUAAGGACAAGAACCAAUUGCCACAAACUGAAUUCACAUGUCACUGUGUCAUCUUCAACUCCAGAAUUCAAAUCCAGGCUACAUUGAGGAGGGGUGAGUGCUUAAACACAUUCAGGGAGCCCUUCAGGGAUGGACUUUGUUUCUUGAAGUGUAUCUCCUGGUUCAUGCAAGGUAGUGGGUAAUUAAUUCAGGGGUGUUCCAGUGGGCUCAAAAAGUAAGAUCCAAAGAUCUCCAAAAGGCAUUUUGAUUGGCCAUAUUUGAAAAGAAUUAGAAAUUAAUAGUUGACUCAGGUAUUUAUGGCACUGAAAAUCAUCAUUCCGCUGAAAGAAAAAGUUCACUUGUGUGGAACGUUUCAGUGACUCAACUAUCCCUAGGGAAGCGUUUUGGUGUGUUCCUCUUGUUAAUUCCAGAAUGUAACAUACCCUAACACUAUAAUUCUUGUUAGAUGCCAUGUAAAAGGGCAGAAUUUGUCCUUUUACAAAGCAGGCUCAUUUCUUGUCACCUGCCUCCUCUCUUUCCUGCCCUUAAUAUUGCCUAUAAACCUAUCAUUAUCGAAAAAAACAUUUUGACUAGCGAAGGUAAAAGGUGCUAGUAAUAACCUCCUUCAAGGUAGCCGUGGUUAUUGAUUUUUUUCAGCUUGUAAGGUGGUUAUUUACAGGUACCAUAAUAUUGAAGUUAAACCAAGAGAGACUUUUCAUUUGGUGCAUUAAUAACUGAAAAUUUUUACCUUGUAUCAAGCUAAGUGUAAUAUAAUGUUGAGAUUCAAUUUUUUUCUGUGGUCUUAAUUACGGUUUCCUGUGUGGUGGAGCAUGGUAAUACAUAUGGUCAGUUUGGAACAAAGGAAAACAGAAAUUGAACCAAGGAAAGGAUUGAACCUCAUCAUAUUAUUGACAAGGUUAUUUAACAGAAAUAGAAGGUAAAGGUACAUAUCAACAGCAUUGUAUUUAUUUUUUGUGCUUGCUUGUUAAUUCUUGUUCUUUCAAUUUUUCAGCCCCAGCUCCUGAUGAUGAACAAAAUUGUCCCCUUGGCCGAUCAGGUAGGAUUUGAAACUCCUUUACUUUGUUAUUUUAUAUUUUGAUCUUAUAGAUUUUGUCUGUUGUAAUAUCAGCAAUUGUUCAGUUGGACUAUGGUACAGUCAAACCUGUAUAUAACGGCCCAUGCAGUGGUUACCCUGUAUAAUACGGUCACCAUACAAUUUCCCAAAAAUUUUGCCUUAUAUUUUCUGUAACGUUAUACCUGUAUACGGCAGUCACCUGAGUAAAACAAAAUGCAGGCACACUUUGGAACUCCUAAAUGCACAAUUUCAUUAUUUUUUACUUGUAUAUAUCAAUCACCAAAAUUGAUUGGAUUUUGAUCAAACAAUUAAUGAAUCAUAACAAACUUUAUUGAAAAGGCCUCACUCUGUCACCAGCCUUUUCCCUAGGGUGACCGUUACAUACAUGUUUGACUGUUUUAAAUUUUGUCACACUUAUAUCAUUAUUAAAUAAUCCUCUGUUAGCUUUCCUUUACCUGACAAGAAAUGUCUUGCUGUAUAAAAAACAGAAUCACAACUGACAUUAUUUGACCCUCUCCUCCUUUUGUAUAUUAUGUUUCUUUGUUGACUUAGGUAAGGGUGGUGACAGGAACUUACAAUGUUAAUUUAUUUUGCAUAGCCCAAAUUCACUGAAAAUUGUGUGGUACUAUAUUCCCAGGGGGGGGGGGCACUCCGGCUUUCAAGUGACAGGGAUGAUCAAAUCAUAUUUGCGAUUUUUGGAUUUUUUUGGUUAGAAAAAUUUUGGAAAGUAUUUUUUUGGGGUACAUUGAUUUGAGAAGGGAUUUUUUGGGAUGUUCAAAACUAAUAUUUCUAUGUUUCAUGUAAUAUCAUUUAAUGCUUUCUGGAAAUUUUCAUGGCUCGGAAAUUUGACAUGGGAUUUUUUGGGUGUUAAAUUUUGGUACAGGGAUUUUUGGGGGUUUGUUGGAAGCCCUAGGGAAUUGUUCGGUUUUGAUUUUUGUCCGCACUCAAUCUUCCCUGUCGCUUGAAAUCCAGAGUAUCCCCCCACCUUCUUCACCUGGGACUACUGUAUAUUUAAUUUCUCAGAAUGUUACUUUUUUAGAGAAAGAAUUAGCUAUUUUUUUAAGUUGACAAAAUAGUACCUGAAAAGUCCCCUAUUAUCAUACAGGUUCUGCAAUAAUUACUGAUCAUUAUCAUGUUGAUUAAGUAGGUUAUGAAAUAUAAAGCAGCUCUGAAGGCUGAUGUGAUCUUUUAUAGCAACACACACACAAUGAUGCACAUAUUUUUAAGGUUGUGUCUGUCACUGCGUUUCAUUUUGAACAAUAUUAUAUUAUUUAAACAUUUAAACAAUUUUUUUUUAUUUGGAAAUACAAUUUACAUACAUUUCCUUCCCUGGACAGUGCCAGGUGGAAGAUCGCCUCAACUAACUCAAAAAGGUAACCAUGAAUUACACUACUAUUAAUAUUACUAUUAUUAUUAAUUUUUUAUCAUUUAUAAUGACCUAGCAGUCUUAUUGUCAGUCCAAAUUUGUAAAGGUAUGAAUGGGUAACUAUGUAACUAUGUGUGAUGUUGACUGGAAGAAUAAUAAAUUGAUUAAAUUCUUAUCAAAGCAUUCUACAACAAACUAGACUGAUCCUAAUUCAGUUUCCGCUUCUAUCUACUAGACAAAGUCUGGAAAAGAAAUAAGUUUUUCCUGUGCUUUUUAUACUUCUAAUAGUUGGUUAAGUAAGGAUAUUCAUGUGUCUGGGAAGAGAACACUUUUAGGUGCACUUUCCAAUAAUGUAUUUUUUCAAUGAAUUAUUUAUCUGUCAUUGUUUCACGUACAUCUCUGCAUAGUUGUCCUCACAUACAAUAAUUGACUGCUCUGACUAAUCAACUAUUAAAUGAUUGUGCUUUUGUGUCUUUUGCAUUUUUUUAGCCACAGAUAAAGUUGCUCUGGUCAUUGGCAACCGAGACUAUGUCAGCUUACCAGUCGAUGAAAGUCCUCUGGUACACACAUGCAGUGAUGCAAAGAUGAUUGCGUCAAUUUUACGGAAGCCUGAGAUGGGUUUUAAAGUCAUCUCACUCAUGAACCUGACAAGAAAUGAAAUGUAUCAAGCCCUGGAUAUCUUUUAUAAACUCCUUGGUGAAGGCGUGUAUGGCCUAGUGUACUUUGCCGGCCAUGGAUUUGAAGAGGGAGGGCAGAAUUAUUUGGUUCCUGUUGACACCAUGGGGGCUUGGGUACCAGAGCAAGCCGUUUGUGCUCAGAAGAUGCUUGAUGAGAUGAACAGAUGUCGCACAGAGUUGAUUGUAUUUCUUUUGGACAUUUGCCGUAAAAGGUAGGAAGAUAAUGUUAAUGUCACAAGGGUUACGCUCUUUAACCUAACUGGUCACACCCAAAGCAUCAGUGUAAAUGACACUAUCUCUGAACCUAUGCCGAUUCAGUUUGGGGUGCCGCAAGGAAGUAUCUUAGGCCCACUCUUAUUUAUAAUGUAUAUCAAUGAUCUUACGCUUGCUGUACGAGCAUGCUGUGUGGAGCUCUAUGCCGAUGACGUGCUUAUUUUUUUGCUGGUAAAUCUGUUAGCGAAAAUGAGUCUAGGCUUUCAUCGGAUCCAGAUAGAUUAAUAAGUUAGUUUCAGUCUAACUUCUUGAUGCUUAAUGUUUCCAAGACUAAAAUAAUGCUAAUAGGUACCCACCAGAGGCUUAAUGCAGUUGACAGUUUUUCGGUUGCAGCGGACACCACUAGUUUAGAGAGGGUGUAUAGUUUUAAAUAUCUUGUUGUAAGUAUGGAUGACACCCUGUCCUGGAAAGAACAAGUUAGCUUGUUAGGCAAGAAGAUUUCCUCUAGGCUAGCUAAGUCUAUGUGUUACAUUAUAAAAUGCUAUGGUAGUGCCUUUAUUUGACUAAUGUACUGUUGUUUGGAAGAGCUGUGAUCAGGGUAGUAAAUCCUACUUAGACAAGCUUAAUCGCCAUGCUGCGUGUAUAAUUGUGGGCUGUGCAGUUAAGGCUGAAAAACUGUCUACUGUAUUUGGCUGGCCCUAUCUGUAAGCACGCCAUAAUUUCCUUAAAUCUGUCCUUGUCUGCAAGUGUAUCAACAGAUUAGCACCUUCUUAUCUGCUGAGUGAAUUUAGGCUCGCUUACCAAAUCUGCUGUCAAUUCAUCAGACAACAUGAUCAGUUGCAGCUGCCUUUGGCUAAAACCACGAAAUACCAGGGUAGUUUUAGGAUCAAUGGUGCGCAUGCCUAUAAUUCCCUCCCGUCUAAUAUAUACAUGUAUAUGAUCUGCAACAGACUUAAAUACCCAAUUUCAAGUCCUUGCCAAAACGGCAUUUCAAGCUCCAGGCUAUCUCUUGAAUCCCUUAGUGUGCAACUAGAACUCUUCGUAACUAUACUGUUUCUCUUUGUAUUAUUUUUUUGCAGGACCCCUGUUUAAAUUAGCUUCGUGCUAAUCCGGUUGUUCCUGUAUAAAUAAAUAACUAUAUCAAUAAAUAAGUGCUCAAACCAGGACCCAGCUUUUAAUAAUAAUUGGUUCAUGCAUCAGCUUGCAUGUGUCCAGAUCAGCACACGGCAAGUUUGGAGAGCACGAAAGGUAUAAGAGUUGCUCAAGGCACAGGUGACAGCUGCGACUCUAGCCUCUUAAAUGCUCUCUAAACUAUCCCGUAUGCUUCAUAUCUCGACAUACACACAGCGGAAACAUGAACCACUUGUUUUACAUCAUUAUAGAUGCAAUCAAUGCACCAGUUGACUUAAACUUUUACUAUUUUAGCACGUUCAAAGUAGUAUGCGUCAAUGUCUUCGUGACCAUAUUUUUUUACCUCACCAUUAAUAUUUUUUGAUCCUGAACCUAGAGAAAGUUUACCCGGGUCGCUUAAGAUAACAUUAAAAAAAGUUUUUAAAAGCGAUAUUUAGGUGGGAAGCUGUUAAUUUAUGAAAAAAGUUUGCAAAGAAUGAUUUGCACACACCAUAGCCUGCAGAGCUUGGGCAGAUGAAAACAAAAACAACAACUUUCACCUGCUAUCGGUUUACAAAUUCAAAACUAGUUACUCAGUAGGAUUGCUAAGCUCACAAGAACUCAAAGUAUUAGUUUAUUGAUGUCAUCAGCUUUCUCAGUGGGAAUAUGAAGCACACUCAUGCUAUUGAUUACGCGAAUAUUCUAGCCAUGUUAUAAUGUCCCCUUGGACCAAUAAUAUUGUUAACCACACAUACAACUAACAGGUUUAAAACCAAAUUCGUGUUUGCAGGUCAAAUGUAGAGACAAGUUUUGCUUUCAAAAGCUACGAGUUCCCAUACAAUGCCCAAGCAGUUUUUGGAUUUGCCACGUAAGUUAAGAUUAUAAGCAUAACAUUUUCAAAGACAUAAGGUCUCAUGUUAAGACCCUGGUGCUUUGAAAACUUCAUGUACUCUCUAUUAGAAUUGUUUUAAGUGUUUGCAUGAGACUUUGAGAUAGAACUGUACGCAUGUUACCUUAUUCUUAUGCGUGUAGUUACUAGACUAGAUUUAGUGCAUUAGGAUUUCACAAGCUGAAGCAUGCAUGUAUGUCUAUAACAUUCUGGGAAAAUAAUGUGUCAUUUAGGUACAGUUAUUUAUAAGGGCUUCCUUUGUAAGCUGAAUGAAAACAUAGUUAUAACACCUGACGUUUUUCCGUUAUGCCAUUCAUUAACUUUAUUCCGACUGUUUAGAAAUGAGUUUCAAUGUUCUUAAGUACAAUAUGUUAAAUAUGUGACACAAGAUCUUUUGUGUGAGACAGUAUUCUAUGCUUUAUUGAGAUGGUGGAGGGUAUGGGGAGACCAUGGAUUGUGCCCUGGUCAAGGUGGACUAGAGCAGCAUCUUUUGUGACUGAGUAGCGAUGUUCUCCUUAGAGCCUGCAGAUAUGCUGCAGAUGACCGUGUCUCUUUGAUUUUCUCUCUUCCCUGUGUUCAUGUCUCUUCUGUUCCUCCUAUCGUGGCCAGUAUGUCACAUCAAACUUCUUGAGCUCUUGAUCCGCAGUCUGUUGCCAUUGUUAGCAGUCAGAUAAUAUAAUUAUGAUAAUUAUACCCCUGGGGAGGAUAUACAAUGUAUCAUAGAUUUAGAGCUAAAAGUUUUUUUGUCAGCACUGACAUGGGGUGGAAGAAUGAAAAUAGCACUAAUUCACCUCAGACAAUGCCACUUAUUGCCUGGGUAUCGGUACUUUGUAACAAUAGUGUUGACUUCGCACAUUUUUCUUGCCACAUUACCAAAAUGAUUGGCCGUGCCCAGACAAACCACCUGUGAUGUUCCUUAAAUCUAGGAUGACAUCCCAACAAUCAGUAAUGUUGUGACACUGAGUCAUACAAUGAAAGGGAUGAAGGGUCUGUGUACAGUCUUUUGUAGUAAAGAUGUGGAUGUUCCCUACAAACUAUAUUGUGUCUUUUUUCACGUACUAAAAUAAUAUUUAUUCGUGGUAAAUAUAGUAUAACUCUUUAACUUUUGUCUGUAGAAGUCCUCAGUCUGAAGCUUAUGAAAGAAGACAGGACCCCAAUGGGAUUUACAUGAAACACCUGCUUAAGCAUGCCAUGAAUGAUGCUAAGGUCGAGGAUGUUUUACACGAGGUGGCAGCAGGUAUAACAAGGAAGGCGAUUGAAAUAAAUUUGUAAAUAUAAAUUUGUCUCCAUGUAUAAUAUAAAAGAACUCCAAACGUUAAAAGCGCCCUUCAGAUAAACAGCUUGUACUUGAAAUUGCCCUCAAAUUUUAGUAAGUGUUUGCAUUUUACGGUACAAAAUGGUUGCAGAAAAGUGUAAGUAAAUUGCUGCUUCCAUGUUACUCUUACUCUUGGCGUGGAUUUCCCCAUCUAUAUGGACAAAGUACUUGCCUUGUUGAGUUUUGGAAAGAUGUACGUCCUCAAGGCGAGUUUCAGUAAAAACUUUCUGCAAAUUACUGACAUAAAUAUCCUUCUAACUUUUAACUGGCCCAAUUGAUUUUGAGACGCAAAUUUCCCUCCCAGUAUAAGCCGAGCCGAUUUUGAAACGCAAAUUUCCCUCCGUAUAUAAGCCCCUCCGAAUUAAAGCCCCUCAAAAAGGGCCUUUGAAAAAUAUAAGCUCCGGGGCUUAUUUUCGGAAUUUUACAGUAUCCUACUGUACAGUAUGCGUGUCCUUUCAUAUUAGAUUCCAGCCCAUCAGAGGUGUAUUAUUAUAGUACUAUUAUACUAUUAUCAUUACAGUUAAAACCCACCUUAUAUACACCCACUUAUAGUUAAUACGGUCAUCUCAUUAUCAUGGUCAGUUUGCUUUACCCCUGGGGAAAGAAAGCCAUUACAUGUUCUCUAAUUUCAACCCACUUAAUAUGGGCGCCCUGUUAAUACGGACACUUUCUUUGGCCACCUUGUUGUCCGUAUUAACCGGGUUAUCUCGGACACAAUCCGUUUCAUGUUGAAAAAAUGUCAACUUUUUGCACCAGUAAUGUCCAGCCUUAAUUAAAAUCUGUUCUUGAUUUAGUUUUCCAUCGGAGGCAAUAGAAACAAUUCACUUAAAAACAUUAUCGAUUUUGAGCCUGCUCCUUCCCCCUCCACUUUCCAUCUGGGUGCUUUUGUCAAUUAAUUCAUGAUCCUUAAUAUAAGGGUGUCGUUUGCUGAAAUAUGGAGAGAUAAGAUUCACUGAAAGACUUUUACUCAUGUGAAAAUGAUGUAUAAUUUUCUAAGACCCCAGCGGAAUUUAAACUAAUGGCAUUCUGGAAAUAAUUGGUGGCCCCUGGAUGCACUGUUUCUGUUUACAUGGUGAAUCAACUUGUAAGUGGGCAAAUUGAUCUUAUUUAUAGUACAUGUAUUUCCAACUUGUUUCCUAGACGUUGAAGCAGAGGUAAAAAGAAACAAGUGGUUAGAGCGGCAGCGUCCAGAGUAUCGAACCACAACAACCAAGUGUUACAGUUUUCGUGAUCCCAUUGUCCCUGACGAACAUUCUGCUGCACGGCAGAAGCUGUGGCUUGACAUACACAGUAAGCUGGCACACCUUAUGUCCUUUAGCCUGUUCCAGGUGUUCGGAUCAUAGACACACUGUUCAGAUGGUGGGGACCAAUUUAAAUCGUUGGGAGGAAAAACGAGAGGAGACUGGGUAUCUGAACGCCUGGAACAGUCUUUAUUUCCUUGAAUGAAACAGCCUUUGCUGCCUUGGCCUCUAUGGCCAAAGCAAUAUUUCAUAAAGAGUAAUCACUUAUUGUGUACUCCAUAACUACCGUGUAUAGUACAGCAUCUUGUGAAUGUGAGAUUACUAAGGCAUCUUGGACAGUUGCUGUGGCUUUUAAUCAUUUUCGAUCUUUCUCUUUGCAAAACAACAAAGUAUUUUUCUUCCAUAAGUAUUAAAAAAGGUACUGAGGAGUUUUUUUGUUUUGUGUUUCCCCCCCCCCCAUCACCAUUUUCCACUUGAAUGGCAUGCUGCUUGCAUUUUAUAAAAUUGGACAAGUGAUUUAAAAAUCGAAACGUAUUUAUUGACACCUAGUGGUGAUCUCCUUAAGUACCACGAGACAUGUCUUAUCCAUUAGAACUGUCUGCGCAAAUAGAUUGGUGGCUUUUUAGCAACAUUAAAGAGUACUGGUGCACAGUUACUUAAACCCUUGUACUAACAGUCAACUGUAAAUGUGUUUGCCCAUUUCAGAGUUGCCACAGAAGCGAGAUAUCAAAAUUGAUUCAGGCAUAAGAUUAGAGAUCAGCUUCGAACACCUAAACUGGCUGUCAAAUGCAAUUGUUCUGUGUUUAAGGGUCACUGAUCUGGGGGAUGCAACAUUCUGUGACCCCAGCUUAAUGCUGGAUAAAUUGCCAAUGGUAUGUGUUUAUUAUUACAGUAUUUUUGGUUUGAGAUGUAUGGUAACCUAUAGUCAGUCGCUGUAAAAGUGUGCGUUUUGGCUGAAGUUGGAGUUCACUCCCAAGUCAGACAAUCAGCCGAGUUUUGUAAAACCUGAUAGGAUCAUUCUAGCAUCCCAUGAACGUGUUGUUUUAACUUGUCACACAAUCCUCAAGGAAGGCGUGAUAAAACCUUAAGAACCUCUGCUUUGGAGACUAGAGCCAUUCUGACAAUGAUAAUUAUUUAAUAACUUGUUUAACUCCAUAAACCACCAAGUUUGUCCUAAAAGGAUCUUAUAAGGAGCAAACUAAGCACAUGGUGGAGGUCCACAGUGACCAAGAGUUUGGUAUGUGGUUUGUCUAGGAUCCUGCUAAAAGAAUUGAUUGGGUCAUUGGGUAAUGACAUUAAUUAGGUGCCAAAGAACUAAGACUGGUAUAAAAAAUAACACUCUUAAAAGAUCCUCGUGUGAUCUUUCGGGGUCUAGCUGGAGAAAAGAAGCAUUGAUGUUAUUUGGGGUUGAUGUUGUUUCAUGUCUUGUCACCGUGGUGAAUAAGUUGUGAACAUGUAUGUUGAUGCAUCUAUCAUUAUGUAUCUAUCAUUUUCAUACAGACAAUUUAAUGGGUGGAUUGGUUUAAAUUUGCAGGAUGUUCAAACUGUUCACUUUCACCCAGCUACAACCAACAUACUGAGACAAGUUGUACAGGUGAGCCCAGUUUAUCAGCUAGCUUGACAAAAUGUAGAUCAACAGCAAGUGUAGACUACACAAUGUUGUAGCUUUUCAGUUAGGACCUUUCUGAAAACCACAGUGAUGUGAUGAAAGUUUCCUAAUAAAUUAUUAUUAUUAUUAUUAUUAUUGUUAAAAAACUUAUGGUGUAACCAUUUGGAUGAAACCUUAGUCUUAAAUAGUACUUUUUGUAUGUUGCUAUUUGUUUGUUGAUCGUGCAAAAUGCAAUUUUCCUGGAGCUGGAGAGUAAAGGGGUAAACCCCGUUCAUUUCCAGAGUCAUGACAUAAUAAUAGUAGUAAUAAUAAUAAAAAUAACAAUGAUAAUAAUAAUAAUAAUAAUAAUAAUAAUAAUAGUAAUAAUAAUAAUAAUUUUAUUCAACUUUAAAAAAAUAUGUACAUAAUUUACAGAAAUAUUUGGAGUAAGAAUUAAGCACUAUAUAACAUUAAGAAUAGUUUCAAUAAUAAAAAUAGCAAUCACUGUGUCAAAAACGAUUUCACAAAUACAUUCCUUGCGGCUCAGAUGCAGUCACUAACUCUUGCAGGCAGUCCAGAGUUUUAAGUUAAGUCAUUACCAAUCCGUCUCUGAUAUUAAGAAGAAAACAAGUUAAAAAAGAAUAAAAAUCUCGUAUAAAUUCCUAAUUUCUAUUCUUUUAAAAAAAAUUAAUUCGGGCAGGCUCUAAUAUUAUCAAUCUGUAGGUCUGAGUCAACAAAGUCUAGCUGUCGUCUUCUGGAUCUUGAGCCUCUCAAGCAUAGUAUCGCAGAACGUACGAUGGCGAAAUAUACUUUAGCUCUUAUCCAGGAAAUUGCGCUUGAGUAUCUUUCUCCCUUCUUAAUAAUAAUAAUAAUAAUAUAUAAUCAUUAUUACUUUUAUACUUUUAUAGCGCAAAAUAUAUGAUCUAAUAAAGCUAAAGUAAAUGGAAUAAAAAACUGAACGAACAGUGAAAUACUGCAAAGAAUUUACAAUGUGACUGGUGAUACUUAAUUGAAGUAAUCAACAGUAAAAUAUGAAAAUUAUAUGAACGAUUAAAAUAAUAUAUCUAACAAUAAAUAUAGUCAGGUGAAAUGACUGAGUUAGUCUUAACAUAAAAGUGUCUGUCUAAAGCGAUGUGUUUUAAGAAGAUGUUUAAAGGGCUUACAUGUUCCCAAGUUAGCCUAAACAGGUACUUACAUAAAUGGUGAUUAGCACAAAUUUGGGCUAUUUAGGUUCUUAACUAGGUUGUUAUUUCCUGAAGGGAAAAGUACAUCAUAGCUAAGACUAUUUCAGUAGUGGUAUCCAGCUUAUUCCUUAUCAUAAUAUUGUCUGCGUACUAUAGGGAAGGGGGGGGGGAGGGUCUAACUGGCAAAUUUUAGCUUAACAGGUUCUUAAAAACCACGUUCUUAGUCGUGGGUUUUUACUGUAUCGCCAUACCCAAAUGAGUGACAGUGCUUUGUAUAUUGAUUAUUUGACAUGUCACCUACCUUUGAUUUACCAGGAGCGUCCAGGGGUGCAAAAUGGAGUAGUUGCACGGUGCAUGAAGAUGGAUCAGGACAGUCCGUCACAAACCCCUGUGGAGAGAAUCAGUGAUAUUUACAAUAUUCAGAGACUGAAGGUAAUUCCUCGCAAAGCAAGGUUUAUAAAUUUGUCAGAAUUCACUUGUUACAUCUAAAUUCUAAACAGAUUCUGAGAGUAAUUCUCUCAAGUUUCUUUCCUCUUUUUAUGCAAGAAAUAUCCAGACAGAAGAAACAAAUUGGUAGAAUGUUAGGAACAUUAAUGAAGUCAGUCACUUGAUCCCUGUUUCAGUUAUCGAAGGGAAGGGUGGGUAAAGAAAUUCUUUUUAGCCUCUGCAGAAAUAUAAUUAUGCUACUGCAUGUACCAGUGCUCUCUCUUAAUUUCAGUUACUUUUAACGCGAACAAGACCCAACCAAGACAUAAUUGUGAUGGACAUUUUUAUUAUUAUCGUUUCUCGUGAUAAUGUUUUAGUUUGGAUAAACCCGUGAUAUUGCAGUUAGCUCUCUCAGAGUAGACACUAAAGGGGUUAACCCCUCGCUUCCAUCUUAUGAGAGCGUCUACUAUACAAAGGGUGAAAGAAAACUACAGAAGAAAAACAGGAAGCAUCUCUGGGUGUCCGUUCUUUAGAAGUGUCCGUUAAGAGAGAGUUGUUUGUAUUAGGUGAAAUUAAAUGGUGUUAUUAUUUAUUCAAAAUAUUUCUCGGUUUGUGACUUUUUUUAAUCCCCCAUGUAAAUUGUUAUAACCAGUUGACAUUGACCAAACUUGGACGAUGUUAAGGUUAUGUCUUAGCAGUCAGUCCCUCAGACGUCAUUGAUUAUGUUUUAUCCAAACAUUUGACAAUGGUGCGGUUUUAUUUUCGAAUUUCCAUCCUAUAAUACAUUAGCUGAGCUCAAUAAAAUAGCAAAAUAGUUGUAACAAUAUCAAUUGGAAUAACCUCUUUGCUUAUGUUACGUGUCCCAAUACAUAAUGAUAAUAAAAGAAGAAAAUUAGAAUGGAGAAGGGCACAUUAUUCACGUGCAUAAUCAUGGAAAUUUAAAAAGAUUGACUUUAUUCUUUUGUAGUUUUGUUAUUCUUUAAAACACAAACAGGUCCACGCACAAAAGUCAAUAAGAAUAAGAUAAAUUUUUAAAGAAUUUUGAACAGCAUUUUCGAUGAUUUAUUGCGAAUAAAAAGGGGGAGAUCGUUCCAAUAGUAUUUUCCAAUGACGGUAGGGCAAAACUUUCGAAUGUUAUGAUCUUGGAAAUAUUUUGAAUGAAUCAAACAAACCACUAUUGAGUUUGGCUCUCGUAUGAUGUGAUUUAUUUUCCGGUCUCGGUGGGUGGUAUUCACCUUGGCCAGUAACAUCCCCCCCGAACUUCAUAAUUUUUAUAUCAUACUCAGCGUCAUUCAGUACUUGUUAAAUGUUUAUAUAUAUGUUUGUAUUGUUAUUUCCGUAAACCUUAAUUGGGAAUAUUGCUUUAUUCCAGACUCCACUUGCACUGACCAUAACUAACAAGUAUGUCUUAAAAGGAUCUCGGGAAGAGAGAACCAAACAUUUCGUGGAGGUGUUCAACGUCAAAGAAUUUGGAAUUAACACAGCAUUCUUUAAUGACUGAAAACGUCAGGAUCACCACGUGUAAAAAAAAGACUUGUUAAUGAGAGACCUGUAUAGUCAAGCAAUACAUUAUAAUCAGGUUCGCCACGAAUUAAGACGGAAUCCACCAGAAAAUUGAGUAAUUUUAAUUUUCAGUGGCAAAAACCUUGUACCAGAAUAAUUUAAACAAUAUUGCAUUCUUUUUUACACUUUUCAAGGGUUAUAUAUGUAAUUAGUUAUCUGACAAUUUCUGAAAAUGUAAUGUGUAAGAUGUCAUUUUGUGAAAUUUGACAUUUAUUUUCUCAGGCUCCCAUAAGAAAUUAUCCUUUGAAAAAUGUAAAAACGAGUGCAGUGUGCUUUAAAUUAUUCUGGUACAAGGUUUUUGUCCACUGAAAAUUAAAAUUACUCAAGGUCUAUACAUGAAAUGUUUGUGAAAAUAUUUGGGUGUUCCUUGGUGUUGCGGAAACCAUUGCUGGUUCGUCUUUGUGUGGUAGUGUGGGUAUUUUGCAGUGUCUUUUUAAUCUUUUUAUUACGUCAUUUGGUGAUGGCGCCCGUCUGCAACACCAAGAAACUACCAAAAUAUUUCAAGGUCCAGAAAUAUUUUUCUUAGUUAAGUCGUGUACGCCCUUCCAAAGACGCUAAAGGUGAGGUGAAAUGCGUGGUGAGUGACAGUUGUUUAAAGUGAGGACAAAGGUAGUUUUGUUCUCGCAAGUGGCAAGCCUUAAAUAUUGUGCCGUAUAAGUAUAGCAAAGUGGAUAAUAAUACGCAAUAUAAAGCAGUUAGAUAUGAGAGACAUUUGUUGGAUAUUUGAGCAUAUCUGUUGCUUUGAGAAUCUAACCUGAGGGCAGGCUCUUUCUUCGCUAUUUUCUUUGGUAAGCAAGUAAAAAAACAAGUAACUUACCACCUAGUAGUGUAAGCGGUAAAAAAACCCAAUCGUCUCAGUCCAAUUAUCAUUAUCUCAAUUUUAUCGAAAUUGAUAACCCUUGUCUUAGAUAGUACCAGAAUAUCAAUUUGGUUGCAGGUUAAUCAAAAUUAAAUGUUAAGAGAGGUUAGGGAGGCAGCCAGAGAAAAACAUUAAGAAUGCACUCUUUUAAAAAGGUACUUCAGCUAAUUUUUUAACGCACUGUAAUUACUUUUGUUAACUUUUUAGUGUUGCACCAAUCAAAUGUCUACUUGCAGGGGGUGACUUCCUCUUGCAAGUGACCAUUUACUAUGACAAUUACCAAAUUUUAGUUAAUUCUUUAAGCCCAAUAUCUACAGAAAAACUCUCCAUACUAAUCUCCAUACAUUUCCUUGAAACUGUUGAGAGAAUUGGUUUCAAGAUCAUAGCAUUUUCCCUCAGAUGAUCAUUUUAUUAAUUCUCACCUUUUGUCUUGAUUAUCUAUUUAUAUUGUAAAGAGAAAAUUGAUGUUGGUCACUCUUGAGACUUGAGGGAUAAACAAUGCUCUUAAGCCUUUCACUGCCAAAUUUAGCCAAAAGCAAAUUUCGAGCAAAGUUUCCAAAUUUCAUUUUGUGAAGUUUUGAAAAACAGAUAGCACAAUGUGAAAGCACUACUGAAGAGGUUUCAUUUGAAUGGUCACAUCAUAAGAUUUCACCUGCAGACUUAAGAGUUGAAGUCACCUUGCAAAACGCCAUCGAGCACUCUGGCAGUGAAAGAGUUAAGCAUUACGUUGGAUUUAUUUAUAGUUUAUGUAAUCAUAGGGUUAGUUUUGCGCUUAAUUGUAAUAUUUGGCUGUAAUACUAUUUAACCUGAUAUAAUAAGAAGGCACAAAACACAGGGCGUUAUUACCAGUAGAAAGUCGUAUUAUUCCCGAUUGAACUGAUUUUCAGCUUUAAUAAAAGAAACUUAGGUUUAACAAUAGUAAAUAACAAACCUGUUGUUCAAGCUUGGUAGAUGAUAAGUAUGAACCUUAUACUCAUCGUUUACCAUUUCCCUUACAUCUGAGAGACUAAGAUGACUGAACAGCUCUUAAUAAUAUGUGCGCAUGUUGUCUACCAAAUAUGGUUUACAACAACGGAAUUUAUAAUGUAGCUUUAGCGUAGUUUUAUAUUUUAAAUAAUCAUAUGGUAAAUAAACAUUGUUGUUUCCAGCUACUCUAU